AUUAAUUCCACCUCCUCUACACAACCAUAUGAAGCCCUUCCAAUGGUAAAUUACACUUCUCAAGCCAAAACGGCGGCGUACAUAAUAGCGGCGAAGGCGGUUCCGGCGAAGAAAGCCUUGUUGGAGAAUGCGGCGCUUGGGGCAGGGGAUGCAUCUGAAGGUCCGGGAGCACUGCUUGGGCUCACGGUGGGACCUUCCGGUGCUGGUGGAGAGGCGGUGGGAACAUCAGCAGGAGAAGGAGCAACUGACGGUGGAGUAGUGGCAGGAGCUGGGGUUGCAGCAGGUGGUGGCGUGGCUGGGGCAGGGGUUGCAGCAGGUGGUGGGGUAGCCACUGGAGGAGGAGUUGCGACUGGAGGGGGAGUUGCGGGAGGAGGAGUGGCGGUGGGAGUAGGAGCAGGGGCUUGA